AUGUCGGUCCCGGAGGGUACGGCGGCUAUCCGCGAGGCAAUCGAGGCGAGGCGCUCAAAAAUCAAGACACCCGGUGAAUCUCUCAAGACGCUGGAGAGAGAUGCUUCGCGCAAAAAAGCCUGGUGGAACGAGAAAAUCCAGAUAGCUUGCAUGGACAAGGACGGUGAGCCGAUCCAAGGAUGCGCAUGGAAAGUCCCUCGACGCCGCCUCACCGAGGUCGUGCUGCGGAACAUGUGCUUGACCUGCCCGGAACACGUCAAGAUCGAGUACCUCAAGGACCAGACCACGGGGGACAUCGUGUGGCCGCCGCAUGCCCAGAUGCACUGCCAUCCGUUGCCUUGGAACUACGCCGUCGUCGCCAUGGAAGAGAAAGAGGUGAUUGAUCGCUCGAGAGACCCUACGUACUACGGAGACGUGCAGAUCAUGAUCUUCAACGUGCCGCUCAACACGAACAACGAGAAGACCGAGGCUCGAGAGAUCGUACGGACUCUGGAGGCGGAGGCUAAGAUGGUGGAGCACCAACUGUCGAGGGUGGGGUACAUGAAGUUCACGAAGAAGACCGGGUUCGGCAAGGACGAGAAGCAGUUGCUUACGGACGAGGAGCAAGCCGCCAAGAGGGAGGAGAGGAACGAGGCUCUCAGCGCGGAGAGAGAUAAGAUGGAAGAAGACGUGGCAGAGGCUCGCGACAUGCUGGAGGGAAUCCUGAAGAAGACGAAAGACACCCCUGUCCAUCUGGAGCAGGGCAACGUGCAGAAGAAGGUCGGCAACUGCACCUACUACGUCUCCUUCCCGGGGUUCUAUGGGCCAACUCUUGAAGACAUCGUAUGCGCCAAGACGGAUUGGCCAGGCAUCAAGCUGGCCGCCGCCCACGACGACCUUCCCCCCUGGGCUGGUAGGGGAGAGAUCCCCGAUGGCUCCAAGUCAUACAUCAAGAGGUACACUGAGCACGCUAUCAACAUGCGCGCGGUGCAGAUCUGUCGCCUGCAGCAUGGGUUCGGGCAGCACAAGACCCCACUCAGCACGAGAGGGGGGGCAACUCCCGCGCCUACCAGCCCAGCCAACGCCUCCCUUGCAGUGAGACCCCUGAGAGAUACCAGCUCCGCCCCGAGGCCUCCAACCGCGACGGGUGGUAACGUUACGGGUGGCCAGGCAAAGGAGGGGGGGCAGGGGAAGGGGGUAGAAGACGAACUUCCGUUUGCUGGGAAGGAGUUCUACUUCUACCACGGCGAGUUUGCCGAAGGGCUGAAGAGCGGCUUCGGCAUGGAGUUUACAAAUGCCGACGUGUACUACGGGGAGUACAAGAAGGGCAAAAGAAACGGCGUCGGCGCUCUUCAGUGUGCCAACGGGGAUCGCAUCGAGGGGAACUUUGUCUCCGAAACUCGGUUCCCGGAGGCUGGCAGCGAGCCGAAUCCCUACACGGCGGGGGUGUCCCACGGGAUCGUCGAGAUCAAUUACGCAAGUGGCGGGACCUACAGGGGCGAGAUGAAGCACGGCCGCAUCACCGGGAAGGGGGAGUUCGUGAGCUGCUUGGGAGAGAGAUAUAGCGGAGAUUUCAUGAACGGGCGUCUUCACGGCACAGGAUCCAUGGUGGACGUCGUGGGACAGGUCUGGGAGGGGCAGUGGUGCGAAGGGGCCAUGCAUGGCGAGGGCAGGCACUCCGCCCCUGAGAUGGGCGAGUACGAGGGAGACUGGGUCAACGGGGAGUUCCAAGGGAAAGGAAGGAUAUCUUUCAGAGGGGGAAACACGUACGAAGGCUUUUUCUUGGACAACAGACGGUCCGGCCCGGGCACCCUGUUCCGGGGCAACGUAAAGCGGGUCUACGAUCCGAGGUCGGGAAAGAAGGCCAUCAAGAGCAACCGGAUCUACGAGGGCAACUGGCGGGCCAGCGAGCUCCGAACUGGAAGCAUGGUGACCAUGACGAAGGCCGGGGUGACACACUGCGCAGGGCCCAACAAAGGCGUCUGGUACAACAGGGCCGUGGAUCGCAUCAAACGCAGAGAGACGCAGACGCACCGCAAGACGGUGGAAUCGCUCGAUUUCUACGGACGGUACCAGACCUUGCUGCGAACAGAGGUGCAGAAGAAGAAGUCUCGUCUAUACUCCAAGCAGGUCAAGCAAGCAAAUCAGGACCUGAUCAACGACCACGUGAAGAAGAUCACCGCUGAGGAACUCAGAGAAGUAUUCGUGGCGAGGGCGAUCAACCUAGAACAGAUCAUGCGGGUCACCGGCAAGCAGCUGGAGGCCGAACCCGGAUCGGGCGCCAUCGCCAAGGCGUCGGAAAAGCUCGACAGAAUCGCGGCGUCGAAGGGCAGGAGCGCCAACGGGACCACCCUGAGCAGGCUGCUCUUGUCUCGCUUGGAGGAGGCGCAGGAGCUACAGGAAGUUGUAAGGACAUGA